AAGGGCAAUCAUGUAACAAAUUAAACAUUUGGAUGUUAUCCACGACGUAGUAGGUCAAGUGAAUUCAGAUACAAUUUGAUUAGAUCAUAUCAUCACACUCAACCACAAAACUCCAAAAAAAUCACACUGUUGUCCGUUUCAAUGUCCUAUAUCCAAGGAUGACCAAGAAAUGAAGACUCUGAAAUAAUCACUCUCUCUCUCUCUCUCUCUCCAAACACAACAAAACCAUUAAUCAAUAUCCAAACUCUCAAGACUUCGUGAAUGCACACAUUGAUAAACCAAAUCAAGAUCACCUCUAAAUCCACAGCAGUACCCUUUUAAUUUCUUCCGACAUGACAACAAUUAGUAGCAAAUCAACCUCUUAUGGCAUCUAAUAAUGGACAGGGACUACAAACUAAAACCAAUACCUUCACUAAAAAAGCUAAAAUCGGAUUCAACAAUCGUCAGAGAAGAUUCAGACGUCGACGAUCAUCAAUACACGAGCUUGAAGGACAUUAUUCAGAAUUCACCGCCACACUAUGCAACAAACAAUGAGCCCAAUGGCUUUGAUUCUUCCAACAUUUCCAUUCGGAACGAGUUGGUCAAGCAUGCAGCGUCGGCAUACGUUCAAUCAGCACAGAUUCUGACUAACCGAAACCAGAAUUGCUUUGCAAACCUUUGGAGGAAGAUAGAGAACAAGGUCGUGUAUCAUUCGUGCUGGCAACUAUACGUCAGGAAGCCAUUGAGAGCUUGUUUUCAUCCCAUAUUUCGAUUUCUUGAUUGCAUCGUUAAUGGCAUUGGGAGAAGUAGUGUGGGAGGAGAAGAAUCGCACGAUACUCCUUUGAUUAAUGGAGUUUUUAUCAAGGUAUGAUGAACUAUUUUUUGCCAUUCAAUUUGUUGGGUUUUUAUUUUUUAUUUUUAUAAAUAUGAUGCUAUAUAAUGAGAUUCAUCCAUUUGUAAGAAUGUGAUGUAUUUAUUUGAUAUGUAAAGUGUAAUUGCUUGUUAUUGGAAGGAAAGAUUCAGAGGAAAAUUGCAUUGUAAAUAGUUGAAGAUGUAUUUGUGAAGUAUAAUGAUUGUUGGUGAAU